CUGAUGGAUGUAGCGUAAAAGCGGAGCAUGCACACCAGCUCGUCGUCAGCGCGCGAUGUACGCGAGCCAACCGACUCACAACCGCCAGGCGUGGUGGAGCUGCGCGAGGACGUGCCGCUGAAGGCGAGCCGGCUGGGGGUCGGCGGCGCGGCGCGGUGCGGCGGCGGCCCGCGGUUCAUCCUGGGCUGCUUCGCCGCACUCUCCGCCGCCGUCACCAUCGCGCUGCUCACACAGAUAUACUACGGCGACUAUCAGGUGGUGCCGCACGGCAGCGUGUCGUCGUCUGCGGCGGCGUGCUCGCGCGCCGGCACGGACGCGCUGAAGACGGGCGGACGCGCGAUGGACGCCGCACUCGCCGCCGCGCUCUGCCUCGCCGUCGUCGCACCACACCGGACCUCGCUGGACGCGAGCGGGUCGUUGUUGUACUGGGAGUACCGGCAGUCGCGCACGCAGGGCCCGCUGCUGGCGGAGUGGGGCGGGCCGGGGCCGGGGGCGGGGGCCACGGGGGCGGGGCAGGGGGCCCGCCUGGCGCCCCGCACGCUGUCCGCGCUGGCGGCGCUGCACGCGCAGCUCGGCGUGCUGCCCUGGCCGCGGCUGCUGCAGCCUGCUAUAGACCUCGCGAGUGAGGGAUUCCCGGCGUCCGAGGGCUUGAUGACCGCGGAGGCUGCGUCGGUCCCGCAGGCCGCCUUCCGCCGCGCCCCGGAGCUCGCCCAGUACCUGCGCGCCCUGCAACGGAACACCAGCGCCGAGCUGGCGGCUGCGUGGGGAGCGGGCGGGCUGGUGCGCGAGGGUGCUCCGCUGGCGGUCAGCGGCGGCGGCUGGCGGGCGUACGCGGGGGGCGCGGGGGCGGCGGGGGGCGCGCUCGCAGCCCUCGCCGCCGCCCUGCAGCCGUCCGCGGGGCCCGACGACGACAGCCUCAGAGUGAUCAGCUCGCUGCAACACGCUGCGGCGGAGUCCAAUGGCACGUGGCCGCCGAGCAGCGUGGCCACCGGACUCGCCGUCGUCGACCGCCUCGACACGUACCUCGCACUAGUCACUGGAUUGUCUAAACCAUUCGGGUCGGGCCCACCGACUGCGGAGGGCUGGAUACGAGAUGAACCUUCCGAGCCCCUCGACCUGGCGCCGGCUAUCAUUACGGAAGACUUCGUGUGCGGGUCGCGGUACGUGGCGGGCGCGGAGUCGUGGUCGGCGCUGGCGCAGGCGGCCGCGGCGCUGGUGCGGGGCGGCGCGGCCGGCGUGGAGCGCGCGCGCGUCGCGCUGUGGCCGGGGGGGGGCGGCGCGCUGGCGGCGGAGGGCGCGGGGGCGGGGGCGGGGGCGCCCUACGCCGCGCUGCCGCCGCCGCCCUACAACGCGUCGCCGCCCUACGCCGCCGUCAACGUGGUGCAGCAGCGCGCCGACGCGCUCCUCUCGCACGCCGACAGCCGCGGCGGAGGACUCGGCUCGCGGUUCCGAUGACGACCUCGCUGCGUGUUCUACUUUGUUU